CAUCUCCAAACCAUAUCAAGGACUGCCAAAAUUUCCCUACAAAAUUUAUCCCCCCGCGCCCCCCCCCCCCCCCAAAAAAAAACAGAAACCCUAAUCGAGAAACCUGUUGUGCCUAUCUAUCUAUCUAUCUAUCGAUUAAUCAUCGGGUCUCCGUUCCUUUUUAUCCAUCAAACGGAAUCUCUCUUUGUUUAUUGUUGUUGUUGUUGUUUUUGUUCUUGAUCGAUUAGGGUUCUUAGAAGAGCCGGAAGCAAGGGUUUUCGCUUUUGUCCAGAUCCGGAGGGUGAGAUGGCGCAGAUCCAGCUUCAGCCCCAGGCGGUCUCUGGCCCGGCGGCGGGCGGUGGUGGGGUCCAGUUCCCAUCGACGUCCUUGUACGUCGGGGACUUGGACUCGGGCGUGACUGACGCGCAGCUGUAUGAUAUUUUUAGCCAGAUCGGGCAGGUGGUGUCGGUCCGUGUAUGCCGCGAUAUCAACACUCGCCGCUCCCUCGGUUACGCCUACGUCAACUACAACGAUCCGGCGGACGCGGCAAGGGCAAUAGAAGUGCUUAAUUUUACACCUCUUAAUGGAAAGACUAUUCGGAUAAUGAUUUCAAAUCGUGACCCCAGCACACGUAGAAGUGGGACUGCCAACAUAUUUAUUAAGAAUUUGGACAAGUCUAUAGACAACAAAGCACUGUAUGAUACAUUUUCUGCAUUCGGGAACAUUCUUUCUUGCAAAGUUGCAACAGAUGCAUCUGGUGCGUCGAAGGGCUAUGGCUUUGUUCAGUUUGAACAAGAGGAGGCAGCACAAAAUGCAAUUGAGAAGCUAAAUGGCAUGCUAUUGAAUGAUAAGAAAGUUUUUGUUGGGCCCUUUGUUCGCAAACAAGAAAGAGAGAAUGCUGCAGGCAACACAAAAUUUAAUAAUGUUUUUGUAAAAAAUCUAUCGGAAUCAAUGACAGAGGAUACUUUACAAGAAGUUUUUGGUGAAUUUGGAAUUAUCACUAGCUGUAUUGUAAUGAGGGAGGGAGAUGGAAAAUCGAAAUGCUUCGGCUUUGUCAAUUUUGAGAAUCCUGAUGAUGCUGCUCAGGCUGUUCAGGAACUUGAUGGGAAGAAAUUUGAUGAUAAGGAAUGGUAUGUUGGAAAAGCACAAAAAAAAUCUGAAAGAGAACAGGAACUAAAAGAGAGAUUUGAACAGAGUAAGCAAGAGGCCACUGAAAAAUCUCAAGGGGUUAACUUAUACUUGAAGAAUUUGGAUGAUAGCAUUGGGGAUGAUAAUCUGAGGGAACUAUUCUCUGGGUUUGGGGCAAUUGCUUCUUGCAAGAUUAUGCGUGACAAGAAUGGUGCGAGUAAGGGAUCUGGAUUUGUUGCUUUUCAGUCUCCUGAAGAUGCUUCUCGAGCUCUCUCGGAGAUGAAUGGCAAGAUGAUUGGCAAUAAACCUCUUUAUGUUGCUCCUGCACAACGCAAAGAAGAUAGGAGAGCAAGACUGCAGGCUCAGUUUUCACAAAUGCGUCCUGUGGCAAUGCCACCUUCAGUUGCUCCUCGUGUUCCAUUAUAUCCUCCUGGUGGUCCUGGAUUAGGACAACCACUUUUCUAUGGUCAACCACCAGCACUUGUUCCUCCUCAGCCUGCAUUUGGAUUCCAGCAGCCACUUGUUCCUGGGAUGAGACCUGGACCCUUCCCCAAUUUCUAUAUGCAGAUGGCUCAACAAGGUCAGCAGCAGGUUCAACGCCCUGGGAGUAGACGUGCAGGAGGAGGUGGUCCGGUGCAGCAGACGCAGCAGCACCCCAUGCAAAUGAUUCAGCAGCAGAUGCUCCCAAGGGGCGGACGUCCCUACCGCUACCCACCUGGCCGCGGCAUGCCGGAGGUUCCUGUGUCUGGUAUUCAUGGCGGUAUGUUCUCUCUCCCAUACGACAUGGGUGGUGGGAUGCCUCAGCCCACUGUUCCUAUUGGAGAAUUGACUUCAGCUCUGGCAAAUGCAACACUGGAGCAGCAGAGAACGAUGCUGGGGGAGAGUCUAUACCCACUCGUGGAUCAGCUAGAGCAUGACUACUCAGCAAAGGUAACUGGCAUGCUCCUUGAGAUGGACCAAACUGAAGUGUUGCACCUGCUGGAAUCCCCCGAGGCUUUGAAGGCCAAAGUAGCGGAGGCUAUGGAGGUUUUGAGGAGUGUCGCUCAGCAGCACCACCAGGUGGUUUCGCCCACCGAUAGGUUGGCCGCCCUGACACUGAAUGAUGUGGUCUCUUGAGCUGAGCUGAUCCACACACCGUUCCGACGACUCCUUGGGUGGAUCUGAGUUUGUGCUUAGGCGAGUUUUGAAUGGGAUUUGACUUUACGAUAGAGAUGAUGGACUUGGUUUUUGGUUUCGUUGACCUGUUCGUUGUUUGCUACUUAAUGAGACUCCUUUCCUUUGUGAAUCUGCUCUUUUAUUUGA